AUGGUAUCCGCACUCGAUGACUACACGGUCGCAUGGAUAUGCGCCUUGCCGCUGGAAAUGGCUGCAGCAAAGGCCAUGCUGGAUGAAGUCCACCCUUUCCUGCGCCAGCCAAAAGCAGAUCACAGCGUCUACACACUUGGGAGUAUUAAUGGCCAUAAUGUAGUAGUGGCCUGCCUACCGUCCGGUGUUUACGGGACCACAUCUGCCGCAACGGUGCUUGCUUAUAUGCUACUGACAUUUUCGUCUCUUCGAUUUGGGCUAAUGGUGGGGAUUGGAGGCGGCGUACCUAGCCCAAAAGCUGAUAUCCGUCUCGGCGAUGUUGUAGUCAGCAUGCCAACUGCGACUUCUGGAGGCAUAAUCCAGUAUGACUAUGGAAAGACGCUACGUGAUAGACGCUUCGAGCGCACUGGGUCACUUAACAAGCCUCCUCAGUUUCUGCUGACCGCAGUCUCUCAAAUACGCAGUGAUUAUAUAAUUAAAGGCUCUCCUAUUGAAGGUAUUAUUUCAAAUAAACUGCAGAAACACCAAAAAAUGCGAGAACAAUUUUCACGGCCUUAUCAAGAUUUGCUUUUUAACUCAACCUACAAUCAUCAGAGCACAAACUCCGAUUGUUCAUCAUGUGAUCUGACCCAGUUGAUAAUCCGUGCGCCUCGAACAACCACAGAACCCCAUAUUCAUUAUGGAUUAAUUGCAUCGGGGAACCAGGUUAUGAAAGAUGCCGAUACACGAGACUCCAUCGCCCAAGAGAUGGGCAUUCUCUGCUUUGAGAUGGAGGCUGCUGGGCUCAUGGACCAACUUCCAUGCCUUGUUAUCCGAGGAAUUUGUGACUAUUGUGACACACACAAACAUAAACAAUGGCAAGGAUACGCAGCCCUUGUUGCCGCUGCUUAUACAAGGACUCUCCUCACAGUUAUUCCUAUACUUGAGAGGCGGGCUGAUCUGAAAAAACAAAGGCCUCAAGCAAGCCACUGGAAGGUCCCCUUUGGGAAGAACUUACGAUUCGUGGGCCGUGAAGAUGAAGUUACUGCAAUUGAACGAUUAAUCCUGCAAAAUGGCGGGCCUUCCAGAAUCGCUAUUUGUGGACUUGGUGGGAUUGGAAAGACUCAGAUAGCGCUUGAAGUGGCUUACCGCAUGCGAGACAGAUAUCCCCAAUACUCGAUUUUCUGGAUCCCUUGUACCAGCCAUGAGAGUGUUGAACAAGCAUAUAUGGAUAUCGCUGAUGUAGUAGGAUUCCAAGGUAUAAAGCCAGCUGAGGUGAAGGACCAAAUCAAGGCUUAUUUUUGUCAAAAGAGUGCUGGGAAAUGGCUUCUUAUUUUUGACAAUGCUGAUGAUAUGGAGAUGUGGGUCAAAGGCAGCUCCACUGCCUUAGCACUGAGCAACUUUCUUCCUCAAAGUGACCAAGGUCAUAUUCUAUUUACCACUCGCAAUCAGAAGUUAGCUGUGAGACUGGCAUCUUCCAUUAACCAGAAUACUGCUACAACGCUUGUUGAACAACUUUCCUAUCUCCCGCUGGCAAUCACCCAGGCUGCAGCUUAUAUUAAUGAGAAUGAUAUUAGAGCCUCUGACUAUAUAGAGCUUCUACAAGAGCAGGAGCCAGAUAUUGUGGAGCUCUUGAGUGAGGAUUUUGAAGAUGAAGGGCGAUAUCCUGAUAUCCAAAAUCCCGUGGCCACUACUUGGCUGAUAUCAUUCCAACAGAUCCAGCGCUUGAACCAACAUUUUCCGGAUGAUGACCAUGCGAAUCGAAAAAUAUGGCGAGCAUAUCUACCUCAUGCCCUAGCAAUAAUAGGAGAAGUCGACUUUCAGAAAGCGCAAGAGAAAUACAUCAGUCUGACUCAGAAGGUCGGAAAGUGCCUAUAUAGUGAUGGGAGAUACAAUGAAGCAGUUGAGUUAUUUAGCAACAUCAUACGCGUGCAAAAAGAGAAACACCGUGACACCAGCGCCUCGACUCUAACUAGCAUAGCCUGGGUUGCAUCAGCAUAUAGGAACCUGGGACGUUGGAAGGAAGCUGAAGAGCUAGGAAUGCAGGUAUUAGAGGUUCGCAAAUGGGUGUUCGGGCCAGAGCAUCCCGACACUCUGGCCAGCAUGGCCUGCCUAGCAUCCACAUACAGAAACCAGGGACGAUGGAAAGAAGCAGAAGAGUUGGAGGUGCAGGUAAUAGAGAUUCAAAAACAGGUGCUUGGACCAAAACACCCCAACACACUGAUUAGCCUAGGAAACUUGGCAUCGAUAUACAUGGACCAAGGACGAUGGAAGGAAGCAGAAGAGCUGGAGGUGCAGGUAAUAGAGAUUCAAAAACAGGUGCUUGGGCCAGAACACCCCAAUACACUGAUUAGCAUGCAUUACCUAGCAUCAACAUACAGGAAUCAGGGGCAAUGGAAGAAAGCAGAAGAGCUGGGAGUGCAGGUAAUAAAGAUAUGUGAACUAGUGCUGGGACCAGACCAUCCCGACACUCUAACCAGCAUGGACAACCUGGUAUCAACAUACAGAAGCCAGGGACGAUGGAAGGAAGCAGAAGAGCUAGGUAUACAGGUAAUAAAGAUCCGCAAACAGAUACUAGGGCCAGACCAUCCCUACACACUAAACAGCAUGGGUAACCUGGCUUCGACAUACAUAAGCCAAGGACGAUGGAAAGAAGCAGAAGAGCUGGAGGUGCAGGUAAUAAAGAUUCAAAACCAGGUACAGGGACCAAAGCACCCCAACACUUUAAUUAGCGUGCACAACCUAGCGUCGAUAUACAGGAAUCAGGGACGAUGGAAAGAAGCAGGAGAGCUUGGAGUACAGGUAACGAAGAUCUAUAAACAAGUGCUGGGACCGGAACACCCCAACACUCUAACCAGCAUGGACAACCUGGUAUUCAUAUAUUCGAAUCAGGGACGAUGGAAAGAAGCAGAAGAGCUGGGAGCGCACAUAAUAAAGGUCUGCAAAAAGGUGCUGGGUCCUGAGCAUCCUGACACUCUAGCUAGCAUCGACAACCUGGUAUUAAUAUAUAAAGACCAGAGACGAUGGAAGGAGGCAGAAGAACUAGGAGUGCAGGUAUUAGAGGUUCGCAAACAGGUGUUCGAGUCGGAGCACCCCGACACUCUGGUCAGCAUGGCCAGCUUGGCAUCCACAUACAGAAACCAGGGAAGAUGGAAGGAAGCAGAAGAGCUGGGAGUACAGCUAAUAAAGAUCUGUGAACUGGUACUGGGACCAGAGCAUCCCGACACUCUAACUAGCAUGGCCAACCUGGCAUUGACAUACUCAAAUCAGGGACAAUGGGCGCAAGCAGAAGAGCUGCAGACUAAGGAACUAAAGCUUUGUUUAAAGUCCCUGGGGCCACUGCAUCCCAAUACUCUAACCAGCAGAGCCAACCUUGCGUUAAUAUACAGUAACCAGGGGCAAUGGAAGAAAGCAGAAAUGCUAGGGGUACAGAUAAUAGAAACCUGUAAUCAGGUUCUAGGGCCCGAGAGCCCCGACACUUUAACUAUUAUGUGUAACUUAGCAUCGACAUACAUGGACCAGGGGCGAUGGAAAGAAGCACAAGAAUUAGAGAUGCAGGUACUAAAGAUCCGCAAACAAGUGCUGGGGCUGGAGCACCCAAACACUCUACUCAGCAUGCACAAUCUGGCAUUUAUAUACAGGAAUCAGGAACAAUGGAAGGAAGCAGAAGAGCUGGGAGUACAGGUAAUAAAGGCCUGUAAACUAGUGUUAGGCCCAGAGCAUCCCGAUACUCUAACUAGCAUGGCCAACCUGGCAUUGACAUACUCAAAUCAGGGACAAUGGGUGCAAGCAGAAGAGCUGCAGACUAAGGAACUAAAGCUUUGUUUAAAGUCCCUGGGACCACGGCACCCCAAUACUCUAACCAGCAUAGCCAACCUAGCAUCAAUAUACAGUAACCAGGGACAAUGGAAGAAGGCAGAAGAGCUAGGAAUACAGGUAAUAAGAAACCGCCAACAGGUGCUAGGGCCUGAGAAUCCCUACACUCUGACCAGCAUGGGUAACUUAGCGUCGAUAUACAUGCACCAGGGACGAUGGAAGGAAGCGGAAGAGUUGGAGGUGCAGGUAAUGAGGACGAGCAAGCAAGUGCUGGGGCUACAGCAUCCUGACACUCUGUCUAGUAUGAACAACCUUGCCUGUUGCUGGAAAUUUCUUGGCAAGAUGCAAGAUGCCUUUGCUUUAAUGGAACAAUGCCUUGAAUUCCGCAAUAACAUUCUGGGCCCUAAUCAUCCACAUACUAUAUCCUCCUCAUGUUCUCUCAGCGAUUGGAAAAACGUGCUCAAUGCAUUACCGACUAGACACCCAGAAGCAAUUGCUGCAGCUGAUAAUGAUCAACUAUCUCAGAAGGUUUUGGAAGAGCCUAACCCUAGGCAGCUCAGUGAAGAACACAACGCCGACCCACCUCAAAGACUAAAAGUAUCUGCUACUACCAAACCGUGUCUUACAAAUCACCCCCUUCUUAUCAACCUCAUAAGGGCUUCGCAUGUGUCCCCAUGUCACGAUUUACAGGAAGUUGAUUAA